AAGUAUUAUCACCGACUAUGCUAUAGGUACCUUCAAGACGAGUGAAACCAACAAAAAGUGCAGCACGCAGAAACAUAUUAAAUGUUUAUUCUUGACUCCGAGAAGAAAUUCCUCAAGAUUUUAUCAAUCAAAUUGUCGAUAAAGUUUCACAUCUUACAGGUGUUUCGCAAAGAACAGUUUUCCGUUUGAAAAAAGAAAUAAAGGCAUCCAGUCCUUUAAGUACCCUUGGAAAGAAGUGACCAGGCUCAGUAGCUGAAAAAUAGAAAUGGGGUCUGUGGAGGAAGAUUUUAAGAAGUUUAUAUUAUCAGACAGUGACGAUAGUGAUGAAUAUGCUGAAGAAGAUCGCUAUUCCGCAGUAGAGGAAAGUAAUCGGGCAAUCAAAUCUACUUCUGGUUCUUAUCAUUCUAAUCAACAAGUCGCAAAAGAAAGUGCUUUUCAACCAACCAGUGGAUUACAACAUAAAUAUAUGCAUAAAAUAUCAGUUGAUAAAUAUGAAAAGGCACAAGACCUAUUAAGCAAAAAAACUGACGCUGGUAGGAUUCGUUUGAAAGAUAAAGGUGACAGAGCCACUGUUGAACAAGUACUUGAUCCGAGAACACGUAUGAUUUUGUUCAAAAUGCUUCAUAAGCAAAUAUUUUCUGAAGUACAAGGAUGCAUCAGUACGGGAAAAGAGGCAAAUGUUUAUUUUGCUCCUGUUGAGGAUGGUCCUGCUAGAGCAGUAAAAAUAUACAAAACUUCCAUUCUUACUUUUAAGGAUAGAGAUAGAUAUGUGAGCGGAGAUUACAGGUUUAGGCAUGGUUAUUCUCACAAAAAUCCCCGGAAAAUGGUACAGACAUGGGCUGAAAAAGAAUUCAGAAAUUUAUUGAGAAUUCAUAAAGCUGGCUUGCCAUCCCCAGAACCCAUCAUUUUGAGGAGCCAUGUUCUAGUGAUGGAAUUCAUUGGGAAAAAUGGAGUACCUGCUCCGCUGCUGAAAAAUACCGAACUUAGCAUUGAGAAAUACUCCAAGUUGUAUUUAGAUAUGGCUAGUAUGAUGAAAAAUUUAUAUUGUAAUUGUAAACUUAUUCACGCAGAUCUGAGCGAAUACAAUUUACUCUACCACGACGGUAAAGCCUUGUUGAUUGACGUUUCUCAGUCUGUAGAACCAGAUCACCCACAUGCUAUGGAUUUUCUAAGGAUGGAUUGUAAGAAUAUAACGCACUUUUUUAAAAAGAAAGGCGUGGCUGUCAUGUCUGUGCGACAACUUUUUGAAUUUAUUACCAACCCUAACAUUGUGUCAGACGAUGUCUCCAAGUAUAUGGAAGGACUUGAGAAGACACCUGAAGAUGAUCAGGAAUUCUCAGAAGAAGCUAAAGUUGACGAAGAAGUAUUCAAGCAGGCUUAUAUUCCAAAGAGGUUAGAUGAGGUAAUUGAUGCGGAACGAGACAUUUUUGUUGGGAAUGACGAAGCGUUGUAUCAUACAGUGACUGGCCUUCAACCACAAAAUACAGAGGAGACAGUGGAUCCUGAAUCAAAUAAAACGAACUCGGACGAAUCUUCUGACGAAGAUUCGGACGCAGAUGAUCAAGAAAAUAAGUCAAAGGGCUUUGUUAAUUCCCGACGUCCUCGUGAUGAGUCGCCAAAUACUAAAAAAGAACGAAAAAAGGCAUUGAAGGAGGCUCGUAGAGAAAAGCAAAAAACCAAAAUACCGAAACAUGUGAAGAAAAGAAAAGAAAAGCUAGCCCAUCAAAAUAGCAAAAAGUAGUGGCAAAAAUUGAAGUACAUGGAAUUAAGAAUAUUCUGUUAUAAAAUAAGUUAAAAUUAUAUGUUAAUAAAAUGAUUUUAAAAAAAAGAAGCCAUA